AUGGGACCGGGAAAAAAAACACCGACCCUCCCCAAACCACCCACCCCCAAACCGCCCACUGGAGUUUCUCAGCCCGAGUUCUCCGAGAGCGGCCAAGAGACGCCCCCCCAGGGCUGCGCCGCGCCUCCACCACCGCAACCUGUCCCAGCCUCGCUUCUGCUGGGGGGCUUCGCGCUCCCUUCUGGGUUUCGGAGCCACCACGUGACUUCCACGAAGAAGGGGGGGCCCAGCGGAAAGCGGCGGCAGGGGUGGGAUUUGGGACCCCGGGGUGCGACGAGAGGGCGGGGAGAGGAGGAAACGGAGCGGGGGUGGGAGAAGGCGGGGCGGGGCGGACUCGGGGACGGGAAGGACGGCGCGCUGGGACCUGGGGGGGUGGGGAAACCCGGGCGCCGCGCGGCUGAGCCAGGGGAGCGGGAAGCCCGGGGGGGCGGGGCCGAGGCGGCGGCCCGCAGGUGCGGGGGCGCGGGGAUGCGUGCGGCCCAAGGGAGCCGGUAG